AUGGCUGCCGCCUCAGCUAGGGUUUUACUCGCAUCUCGUCUAGCAGACCUAUCACUUAAGCCUCAUCAACAUCCUCCUCACCUACCCUCUCCUUUUACCCACCACCUCCUCAUCCGUCCCUUACUUCCUUCUCUUUCCGCUUCCACCAGGCGGCGUACGUCCGUUAACUGCCUUAUUUCCGGCGUAGACGGCGGCGGUGUUUCGGACGACUUUGUUUCCACCAGGAAAUCCGGUUUCGGCAGUGAAUUCUCUGUUAUUGCCAAUAUGCUCAAGCGAAUUGAACCGUUGGACACUUCUGUUAUAUCUAAAGGCGUUUCUGAUUCAGCUAAGGACUCAAUGAAGCAGACCAUUUCUACUAUGUUAGGCUUGCUCCCUUCAGAUCAAUUCUCAAUCACUGUUCGGUUUUCCAAACACGCUCUCGAUCGCCUCAUUGUUUCUUCUAUCAUUACCGGGUAUACGUUGUGGAAUGCGGAGUACAGGAUAUCCUUGAUGAGGAAUUUUGAUAUCCCAUCAGAUAAUUUGAAAGGCUUCAACUCAACGGAAGAGGAUGUGAACUCUGGCUCAAAGAGCGAGGGGAUAGAGGGGGGAGAACGCGGAGUUGGUGUAAAUAUGUCUUCGGCGGUUUCAGAGAAAAUGGAUAUUCAAGCUCUUGGGAAUUUAUCUCCGGAAGCUCUGAAAUAUGUUCAACAAUUAGAAGAAGAACUCUCAUCAAUUAAGCAGGAACUGCAUUCCCAGCAACAGGAAAAUUUGCAAAUGGAGUAUAUCAACGAAAGUAACAAUGAUUUGCUGGAAUACCUCCGGUCACUGGAAUCUGACAUGGUGACUGAACUAUCUAGACCAUCAUCCUUUGAGGUGGAGGAAAUUAUUAAGGAACUUACUCAAAACAUAUUGCAAAUAUUUUUCAAAGAGGACGAUGUUAACAAAGAAGAAGAUCCUAAUUUUAGUGGUGCCAAAGACUAUCAGAGUAGUGAUUCCGAAUUAUGCGAUGCAAUAGGCACUUCUCGGGAUUACUUGGCAAAACUACUUUUCUGGUGUAUGUUAUUGGGCCAUCAUUUGAGAGGAUUGGAGAACAGAUUGCAUCUAAGUUGUGUGGUCGGCUUGUUAUGA